UAAAGUAGAGUUUACUUCACCCGCAUUUACGUAAACAAUGUGCUUUCCAAGACCGGUAGCAUGACAUUAUUAUAUCGUUGAACUGGGUAUUGUAAACCGAAUGUUGGUUCUGUUUUUCAAACAGCGAAAAAAUAGUCAUGGCAGAAAACAAGGAAAGUGUCACAUUAGUAGAUGACAAAGAGGAGAAGAAACGGGAGUCCCUGUUGGUGUUUGGGAACAACAUAGCUGAGAUCCCCUGUUUCCGGAAAUCGUUCCUUGUUGGUAUAUCAAGUGGCCUUGGAGGGGGCAUCAUAUACUUCCUAUUGACAAGCAAUACCAGGAAAGCACCACAUGUAGCUUUUGGAACAUAUUUCCUGGGAACCCUUGGAACAUGGGCCUACUGCAGGUACAAUUGGUCAGCCACUCGAUUCAAACAGCGCCAGCUGCAGAAAGGCCUGGAGAUGAAGGUUAUGUAUGAGGGAACUGAUCUUGAGAGGAAAAUGCUGUCAAAUGCUGACAGUAAGGAAGUAUGACAGAGGCAACAUAUAGUUUUAUCAAUGAAGACUGAAUGUAUUAAGUUCAUGACACAUCAUGGAGGGCCUGGAUGCUUCGAUGACAGCAGUAAACUAGUUUCAGCAAUGAGUGUGUCAAGAAUUACACAGACUUUGUGUCAAACCCAUGAUUCAACUGGAUUUGAUUACACUACCCGAUGUGAAAUGUAUGUUCUGUUAGUUGGUUAUUCAAGCUGAGAAGUAAAUUUACUCUUAAGAAUUGAAAAUAGAUGCUAAUGUCAACUGCAAAUCCUUUUGGAUACAAAAGAGUUAUCAUUGUUAUAGCUGUCUGAAUUAUUAAAAAGUAAUGCAUUUUUACCAUUCGUGUUGAAGGUUUCAGGCUGCUAAGAUUUCUGUACUGAUAAGAAAUGUAAGAAAAGCAUUCAAAGGUCAGAGUGCACCUUGGAAAGUGUCAAGUUUAUUUCGAACAGUCAUCACCAGUUAGACUUAGCAAAGCGCAUUGAAGCAAGUGUGAUGUUAUUACCGUACUUUUGGAAGUCAAGUGUGCUUCCUUGUAAACAUCAAACAAGCAGCCUGGGACACUCACAAUCCUAAGGAUUGCAAAAAGAGCAAUGUAAAAACAGUGUUGUUUAGAGGUGUGACGAUACAGAAAUUUCACGAUACGAUAUGUAUUGCGAUACGAUUCGAUUCGAUGCAUAUCACGAUAUGCUAUCUUUAGUUAUGUUCUUUAAAAAAUCUUAUUUUAAUAGCAAGUGACAGUGUAAAUUUUGACAUAACCGUCAAUAUCUAAAAACAAUUAACAAUUUUAAGGUCAACGAUACAUAUCACGAUACGAAAAAACGUAUCGAUAUAUUUAUCGUUAGAUAAAGUAUCACGAUUAUCGAUAUAUCGUCACAGCCCUAGUGUUGUUACAUGUACCUAUGUAAUCCCUGGGAAAUAUAUGGGCCGUUUCUUUCAUGUUUCAUUCUUGAUACAUGUACAUUGGUAGAAUAUUUGGAGUCAUGCUACUCUGAUAUAAUUGUUUUCUAAUCAUAUGGAGAUUGUCAUAUUUUGUUAAUAUAUGUGUGAAUGAACUACAUUACAGAAAUAUACAUGUAGCAAUAAUGUUAAUGCACUACAUGGUAUAUUGUGAUAAAGCCAAGCACAAAUAUUCUGUUUGUGAUUUUCAUAAGAAUAUAUCUUUUCUUCAAAUGUUUAUAGAUUAGGAAAAUCCAUCUUGGAUGUAUGACAAGGUGCCAACUAUCCUCAUUAAAAAGCCACCCCAAUAUUACCCCUUAGGGACAUUUGAAAUUAAGUUAAUAGUAAAAACAAAUUUACUCUGAUACAUACCCAGCAUUACAUUUUAGGUGGCAAUUUUCAUAGGGAAUUAUUUUUCCAGGAUGAUUUCCCAAGAAUUAUAUGACAAGACUUUUGAGAUAAAUUAGUGAAUAUCUUGAUACAUUCAGUAUUUUGAAUAAUUUGUUCAGUAGUGAGAGGGUAGAAACCACCUGGUACAGACAACAUGAGUCUUGUGUGGGCAGUGCAGUGUGUGCUUGUUGGAAUCUGUUAGGGUACUAGUACAUAUAUUUCCCAUAGCCAAAGACUACCAGUCCAGCCGAAGAAUUGUACUGUGUGAAAAAAUCAGUUUUAUGUUUUGUUGAAAUAAUAAACAAGGAAGUUUCAA